CUCGCAGCGGCGCGCACCGGGCGGAAGUGAGGUCGGUGGCUCGUUGGCUGCGCAGCGUCGGCUGGUAGCGCGGGCUGUGGAGAGGCGGGCCAGGCGAAGCAGGGCGACUGGAAGCGCGGGCCGGGGAGGCGGCGGCGGCGACCGGGGACUUCGAGGCUCAGCCCCCGCAUCGGAGCACGCCUCUGCGGCGCUCGCCUCUCGCCAAGCCCCACCGCCGAGCCCGCCCCGGGCCGGCGUGCGCUGGUCACUGAGGCCCAGGCCGCCGCCGCCGCCGUCGCGGCGCGUUCUUGAAAUCAUGAAUCCUGUUUAUAGCCCUGGUUCUUCCGGAGUUCCCUAUGCAAAUGCCAAAGGAAUUGGUUAUCCAGCUGGUUUCCCCAUGGGCUAUGCAGCUGCAGCUCCUGCCUACUCCCCCAACAUGUACCCUGGAGCGAAUCCUACCUUCCAGACAGGUUACACUCCUGGCACACCUUACAAAGUGUCCUGUUCCCCCACCAGCGGGGCAGUGCCACCAUACUCCUCCUCCCCCAACCCCUACCAGACCGCUGUGUACCCUGUGCGAAGUGCCUACCCCCAGCAGAGCCCCUACGCACAGCAAGGCACGUACUACACACAGCCCCUGUAUGCAGCACCCCCUCACGUCAUCCACCACACUACAGUGGUGCAGCCCAAUGGCAUGCCAGCGACGGUGUACCCUGCUCCCAUUCCUCCACCUAGAGGCAACGGCGUCACCAUGGGCAUGGUGGCUGGGACCACUAUGGCCAUGUCGGCAGGUACCCUUCUGACCGCUCACUCCCCAACUCCUGUUGCCCCCCACCCAGUCACUGUGCCCACGUAUCGGGCCCCAGGAACACCCACCUACAGCUACGUGCCCCCUCAGUGGUGAUCACCCUGCAAAUGUUUGAGGAUGGAGCUGUGCAGUCACAUCAUGGAGGUUCCACAGCUGGUGCUGCAGGCCUCGUGCCUCCAACCUGGACUUUCUUCUUAAUGCUCUCUACACUUAGCUAAACACUACUAUGGCCCAGCCCAGCAGGUCCCAGCACCAUUAGUCUCCAACUAACUCUGUGGGUUGGUCUUAAAGCAAAUCCUGUUCUGUGGGCUGCCUGGCAAUUUUUUAGCUAACUGUAAUGAUAAAAAGGGAGUAUUAAUCUAUUCUGAAUCAUACCUAGUUGAAUGCAUGUUUAAAAAACAAACACAAAAACAAAGCUUGCUCAAUCUACCUGCAGUGACUGAUGCAAAACCAUCAUAUGCAAAACCCAAAGGAAUGGAAAAGCAUUUUAUAACUUGUAUCACUAAUGCACUGUUGUAAUGUAUGCAGAGUCUUAAAGUUAUAAGUGUUAAAGUGAAUUUCUUCAUAGAAUAUCUGAAAUCCCUUAGAUGAUGAUUCUUCAGCCUUUGGGGUUGAGGUGGGUUGCCAGUUGGUAACGUGGACUUUGAGUUUUCAGCCAUCUGUUUCUUUCAUUCUUACUGCAUGGCGUGGGGAGAGAGUUGGAGGGACGGGGAGAGUGCAGGGUGGGCUGCCACUGCUUGGGACACAGCUUACUGGGCAUUCCUUUCUUGCCAUUUAUUCUUGCGGGGCAUUGUGGUAUGGACAUUCUUAAAAAUCCAUCAUGAAAGUGUAGAGUUGUGUGGCCAGUAUAGUUAGGGGCAAGAGGUGGUCUUCAUCAGCAAAGCAAUUUUCUCUGCCAUCUAAGUUUUUAUGACAAGCCUCUUAUAGAUAGAGAUGAGGUUUUCUGUAUCUUUACUGGAAAAGUCCUAUAUACAACUAAAUUAUUUUCCUGGGAUGGAAGAUAUGUGAAGGAGAAAUAGCCACACUUGGAGAAGGUAUUGGCUUCUCUCCUUUAUUUAAUUUAGGAAACCAUUCCUUCUGCCCUCCCCUCAAGAAAUAUUUCAGUCCAUUGAAAACCUAUGUAGGCAUUGUUAUUCUCACCACCAUCUCCACGACGGGCAAAGAUUUCAGCCGUCUGUUAUGAAGAAAAUUAUAUAUUUAAGAACUAGUAAAAGGGAACAAACUUUAUUUGAAGUUGUUUCUUGUGGAGAGGCAGGGCUGUGGCUAUGUUGGGCCUAUCCACCUGAUGGGGACUUGUCAUCCGAAACCAUUUGGAGGCUGCUUCUGGAGGUGGGUCUGUGGAGGUGUGAGGGAAGAGCUGGUGCCUCUUGUCUGUGAGCCUAGUCUGCUAUGUCUUUAAGCUGAGGGCUCUUGGCACAAAGCAGGUAUGGACAGCAAAGGGCCAGGCAGCAUCAGAAUGUUUUUGCCUGCCAGGGUUUACUUGGAAAUGGUUUUGUGUUUAGAGUCUGAAUAUUGUACAUAAGAAAUGAAGAGGAUUUUUUUGCCUAAGUGUGCCCAACUUGUAUUGAUGGGAGUAUGUGUCUGUUCAGAGGGAGUGGGAGGGUGAGGGUUUUGUUCCCUUUCAGCAGGCUGUCAUGUGGGAGUGGGGUAUGCUCCUAUUCACCCCCAUCAUUGUUUUAAGUGUUGUGGGCUUUGGUUGGGGAGGGAACCUUACCCCUCCAUCUCUGGCAGCUAGGUCAGGACUCUGGCACUGGUUUGGCAUUCGGCCCCGUUUGGUGAGUAGGACACCUGACCCCUGAGCCUUUCGUAACCUUAUUUUUUUAUAGUAAAUACCCCAUAAUUUUCUUUUUCACAUUUUAUUUUAUAAGAAGUUUAGGAAUAUUUUUGCAUGGAUCAUUGUAAACAGAAGAGUCCUUAUUCCUAAUGUCUGUUAACAUAGUGUGCUUACUCUGAUAAGUACUUUAAAUUGCUUUAUUAGCACUUAACCCGUGUGUGUGUGUGUGUGUGUGUGUGUGUGUGUGUGUGUGUGAGUGUGUGUGAGAACCAUUUACUUCAGGCACACGAUUUGUGUCCACUUCUUCAACUCUUUGUUGGUAAUUCCAUAGUAAAUGGUUUGUAAUAAAUAUCUGAUCAUUUCUAAGGGUUGCAGGGGUGAACUGCCCAAGUAGAGGAAAAGCCAGUUUCCCCAGUUUAGGGUAGUAGAUUAGGAGAAAAUACAGUUUUAAUGUAUGCUUUAGGAAAGCCCUGAAUAUCACAAAAUGGGCACAUACGCGCACACGCACAUAGACACACACACACAAAACUAUAUGUAAAGGGGUGGGGUCAUUUGAAUUGAGCAGAAAGAUAGAAGUUAUAGAUGAUGCUUCAUUGGGCUUGCUUGAGACCUGGCACACACAGGGUGAGUGUUUUCACAAGCACUGAAUUAAACGGUGUCUUUGAGAGCAAGAAGGGUAGAUUGCAUUUUGCCUUCAUUUAUAUCGGCUUCAUAAACACUUUCCCCCUUAGAGUUUUUUUUUUUUUUUUAAUCUUUUUUCCCUUUUGUGAAGGUGAGUACUUUAUCAAAUACUUUUGCAUAAUGGAUUACAUCUCUGGAAAUCUUUCCCGUUUUGAACUGAUAGGGCUUGAGCUAUCAAAUAUGAUAAUGAAAGGUAGAUCUUGUCUAGCAGGUAGGAAUCUGGACAUAUGAAUAGUAGCAAUGCUAUCAUAGGUUGUAAUUUUAACAACAUUUAAUUCCAGUAAAAUUAAUUAAGGAAUAGACUUCUGUUAAAGAGCUGCAUAAUUUGAUAUCCCAAGCAUAAUAAUGGAACAUUCAGAGAAGCUUCACUUUUCUUUUUGUAUGUGACAUUCCUAAUUUGAGAGUCUUUCAGCUGAAUUAUGGUUCUUUUAGAAGUGGAGAUAGGCAAGUGAAAGUGAAGGACCUAAUUCCUCUAAACAUGAACGUCAUCAUGGGUAUUUAAAAAAAAAAAAGUUGUUCUACAGCCUCUCUGCUGAGGCUUAGGAGGUCCGAUUUUUUGCUUAUGGAAAUUUUAUUUCGAUCUGGGCCAGGUGACUUGAGUGUUUAGUGAUGAGUGUUGGUCCCAUCAGUUUGCUGCCUCUGUGAAGUGAGGCCAACAUCAUCAGGGCCAAGGCCAUUCAUAGUGAUAGGCACAGAGACAAGGCGCUUCCAGAACCUUUUAUGUCGCAUGUUAAAUCUUUUCAGAACAUUCUUGUUGGUAUGGUUAUUAGGCCUACCAGUUGCUAUUCUGUGAAUGUUUCUUGAGUGCUAUGCAAAUGUAGUAUUUACAGGACAUGAGGGAGGUCUUGAGCCUUGGGCUGGGCACCUGGUUGGUGAGCAUCUUGCCUUUUGCACACUGAGCAUACAGUGCUUUGCUCCAUCUGGUGGCACCAUCACUUCUAUAAGGAGAGAAAGUACAUUCUUAAGGCACUUUGGAUAUACCUGGCAUAUGGGUUUCUGUGAGUGUGCCUGCCAGUCGGUAAUGAAAAGGUGGUAUACACCAACCACAUCAACAUUGGGGCCUACAUCCAAAAGGAAAUCUAGGCUUCUUCACCAGUUCUUGUAAACAAUUGGAACAGUGUUUCUCUGACAGUUGGGCCACCAUCUCUCUUUCUGGCAGCUAAUGACUGGAUUCCCUAGUCAUUGCCAAUCUAAGUAUUGCCCAGACAGGACAGGUUACCUGUCUGACCUAUCAGCAGACUUAUGGGCAGUUUUAAGGGUGAAUGGCUUGAGGGUGGGGGGUUAGCUUCUGGUUCUUCUCUGGUGCUUUCUAAGGGUGGGUGGGGUGUCUCUACUGAAGAGUGUGGUUGGCUCAGGGGAAGGGCAGACUGCUUAGCUCUUCUCUCUAGCACAUCUCAAAUGUUUGUGUUUUUUCCCUGAGCUCUUUAUUACUCACCUGAGCUUUCUGAAAGUGCAUCAGACUUUUUUGAACAGACUUGCAGAUGACUGCUGCAGAAAAGGGUCUGAUCUUUUUGGAUAGAAAGUCGCAAAGUUGUUCUUAUAUGUUUCAGAGGAUUUGUUUCCCCCCACUUACCAUGCAGCACUCCCCCCUGACCAAUUCAUUUGAAGAACAGAAAACGAUAGGGUAACCUUAUCUGAAUGCCCAGGACUAAAGUUUACUUACUUGGGACAGGGAGACAGAGAGAGGCAGGGGUCUGUUCAGGAAGCCUGCAGAAGGCUUCAGGAGACCCGUGCUCCCAGGGUGGAUGUGUUAGAACAGGUGUCUCAUUUGGGCCUCCUGAGCCUUGUCGCUCUCCCAUGGGUCCUGUGCAGACUAGUGGUCAGUAAAAUAGUUGGGCUGUGCUGUACUCCUGUCAGGAUUACUGUGAUGGCUGUGAUCACAGGUAGCUGUGUUGGAGGAGAGGCCCCAAGGAGCCACAUGGGUUGUGACUGACUAGGAAAUGGUUCCUUUUUUUUUUUUUUUUCCUUCCUUUUUAAUGAUUUUUAAAUACUGUUUUUUUAGACCAUUCCCCUGGUACUUUUUUUAAGCUUAAGUCAGCAUUGUCUUCCAGUGUUAAAGGCAUCCCUCACCUCUGCAUUGAACUUAUGGUGUCAGUCAAUACAAAGGAAUGGAACAUCCAUCCUGAGCCAGUUCCAUUAUGUGUAAAUUCAUACUAUUUUAAUUUUUUAUGCAAUCUGAUGAGUAGAUGAGCUCAGAUUUAAAAUUCUUAAAAGCACGUUUAUUGUAACAAGAAUUGUUAUGUAUUAAUACUGCAGUUUUCAAUAAAGAUUGACUUGUGUUGCA